AUGGUGUGCCAUGGAAUUAUAGAGAAACCAAACCAGAGACCACAUGGAUGUCAUAAACAUGGAAGGAGGAACCUGCAUCAACGUCAACAAUCCAGAUGUUCGGCUAUUGCUGUUGCAGCAGCCCUCAACAUGUCAAUCUUCACAUUCCACAACCGCCUCUUGCGUUGCGUCUCCAGGCUUUUCCGUCUAUCCACCAAAGGUAGCGCAACUCCUAGCCGCCGAGCCACCAUGAAACAUGGCUACAAAAAGAUCAAGAAACACGAGCAUCAUCAUCAGCACCUUCUGAGAAAACGCCAUGACAAGAAGAGGACCAUCUUUCUUGAUCUCGAUGAAACAUUGGUGCACUCGUCCAUGGAACCACCUCUCCGGGUUAAUGUCGACUUCAUGUUGAGGAUAAAGAUCGAAGGAGUUGUCACACCGAUGUAUGUGGUGAAACGACCAGGAGUUACCGAGUUUCUUGACAGGAUCGGUAAGAAUUACCGAGUGGCGGUUUUCACAGCCGGUUUGCCUGAAUAUGCUUCGCAGGUUUUGGAUAAACUUGACAAGAACCGUGUGAUCUCGCAGCGGCUGUAUAGAGAUUCAUGCACGGAAGUGAACGGGAGAUAUGCCAAAGACUUAUCGUUGGUGGCGAGGAGAGACCUCGGGAGUGUUUUGCUAGUUGAUGAUAAUCCUUUCUCCUACUCUUUGCAGCCUGAUAAUGGAGUUCACAUUAAGCCGUUUGUGGAUGACAUGGAAGAUCAAGAACUGAUGAAGCUUGCUGACUUCUUCGAUGGAUGUUAUCAGUACGAAGAUCUAAGGGAUGCUGCAUCAGAACUUCUAUACAAGUACAACAAAAUGAUUUGAUGAACAUAUAUAUAUUGCUUCUAUUUGCACUCUGCUUUCUUUUUUCUUUUAUAUAUUUCUUUGGCUAUUGGUAUUUUUUGCGUUGGAAAAGGAAUGCUUCAUUCCUUUUCAGCGUUUUUACUUGCAUAAAUAUGUGAUUGUAAAUUGUACUAUAACCAAAAAAAUUGUAAAAAGAAAAAAGGAAUAGUUUUGGACUAGCAGAUUAUCAGUAACAAGAGAUGAUGCUAUCAUCUCAAGUAUAAUGAGCUCCCUGAGGCUAUUAACUUCAUGUGCUUUGAGACAUAUCACAGAGGAUUCACCCUUGAAGCUCUGAGUUGUCCAUGCUUAACCCAUAGAAAACCAUUUCAGAUAUUUGUUCAAUAUAAUAGUGUAGAUCUUGUUUCUUUUUUUUUUUAACUAAAUAGUGUAGAUCUUGGCUUUAGUCCCUUUGGACUUGACACUAAAGAAGAAUGGUUUUAAUAAAUGAAGACCUGAACCAUUAUACUUUGAUUAAAUUAUCAGUAAGUGAUUGGUAUUGGAUAGUCCCAUUCUAAAUUAUUUAAUGGGUUACUUUAAAAGGAUUAUGUCAAACGUGAAACAACUUUAAGUUAGAAACAAAAACUGACAGGUUUUCUUGUUUAAGUAGUUCACCAGGUUCCCCCAAGCCAUAUCUAUACCUCAACUUGUUGGAACUCGUUUUUUGACAAAGUGGUGUGGAUCAUUUUCCGAUGGAUUUUUCGACGGAGACGUCUGUCGGAAAAACUGGAAUUUGGGCACGAUGUAAUCGUCACCAUGAACACUAUGAGUUAGUGUAUUUGAUUGUUAAAACCCAAGUUAUUUUGAAUGAAAAAUGGAGGUCCAAAAAUAAAUAUAUAAAAAGCUUAUAAAGCAUUUUAUUUGGCUAAAUUUAGCAUAUGUUUUAUUUUGGAUAUUUGGGUUUGAAUUUGGAUUUGAAUUUGUUGAUUGAACAAUAUAUCAAUUAACUUAUUCUUUCAAAGUUUAUUAGUGAUAAUCUUUUAUGUUUUAUUAAAGCAUAAAAAUGCAAACCCACAAAAGUAAUUCAUUGGCUUUGAAUUGAUUUGGUCAAAAAAGCAAUAAUUACUUUGUCAACGUAAGUGAGUCAUGGAGAAUCAAUUUCCAUUACUGCACUACAAUAUAAACGUUGGUUGACUCCAUAAUAUGUAACGUAGCUUUAACUUUUGAAGUUAAAUAUCAAACGUGUAAGGCUCAUUCAGAGACGAAUAGAAAAAACAAAUCCCUCACAUUAUUUUUUUUCUCUCUUCUUUCUCUUUGAUAUUUUCCUUGAGUCUGAGAGUAUACACAAAACUAGUUUCGCCAGGCUUCUGAUAGAGUGACGCAAAUCAGAAGAUUUUUGCAGUUGUAUCUUGGGACUCAUUACGUUAUCAAACCGUCGCACUACGGGACGUAUUUUGAGUUAAGGAAAGAGAUAAUAUCUCGCCUCUGCAGUUGUAUCAUCCUUUUCUUAAUCUUUGGUAUACUUUUAUCAAUUUUAUUCUUUACAAUAUUCAGCUCUCCGUAGUUUAUAUAAUACGGUCCCAUCACAACUGUAAUAAUCCCAUUAUAAUCUUCAAACCUCUUAAUCCUAACUAAGCUUAUAAGGUAUAUCUUGUUGGUUCAUGUUGUAUGUGCAUUGUUGUCCAUGAGUACAUAAAACAGCAAACAUAUGCUCUAAUUGUCUUAACUGAAACUUUCUAAAAUUAGGCAUCUGCUUUACCUCACCUUUAAUAUUCCCAUAAACAAAACAAAACUAAGCCAAAUGUUGCACUUCGAUUCUAAAUAUUAUCGUAUAUAAAGCUAGCAGAUGAUAAAUUCAGAAACAUUUAACAGUACCAAGCUUUCCAUCUGAAGAGAUGCAAGUUUGUUUUGUCGACUUCUUUGGAGAAUUAAAGAAGUUUUCUUGACGGCACUAUGAGCUGCAAGUUUGCAUGUCGUCU